ACUCAUCAACCACACCCACCCACUUGACUCUCCCCUCCCUCCCUUCGACUUUGAACUCCCCGAGAACGCAUUGACGACUGAAAGAAAAGCAAAAAGAAAGAAUAAGAAAUAGUCAAAAUGGCUGGCCGACCCCAACUACCCAAUAUCCAACCUCAAAUCAUAUUACUACGCGAAGGUACCGAUACCUCUCAAGGCACACCCCAAUUACUCUCCAACAUCAAUGCCUGUCUAGCUGUCGCUCAAACCGUCGCCUCAACUCUCGGACCCAGAGGAAUGGACAAGCUGAUUGUCGCUACCAAUGGCGAAGCAACGAUCUCAAACGAUGGGGCAACGAUCAUGAAACUACUACAAGUCGUCCAUCCGGCAGCCAAGACCUUGGUCGACAUCGCAAGAGCUCAGGACGCCGAAGUGGGCGACGGGACAACAAGUGUCGUCUUACUAUGUGCCGAGCUUUUAAAACAAUGUAAGCCUUAUAUUGAGGAAGGCGUUAGUCCUCACGUUAUCAUCAAAGGAUACCGCAAAGCUUGUGAAAUGGCCGUUGCCAAGGUCAAGGAACUAGCCAUCACGGUAGACAAGUCAGACCAAACCAAAUUCAGAGACCUACUCAUCAAAUGUGCCUCCACCUCAAUGUCCUCCAAGCUUAUCCACCACCACAAGCCAUUCUUCUCAAAUAUGGUAGUCGAUGCAGUGAUGACCUUGGACCAAAACGAUCUGGAUGAGUCGCUGAUUGGGAUCAAGAAGAUUCCCGGUGGUGGGAUGGAGGAUAGCUUGUUGAUCAAAGGAGUCGCAUUCAAGAAGGCUUUCUCUUAUGCUGGUUUCGAGCAACAGCCCAAGAGCUUUCAAUCCCCCAAGUUACUAUGUUUGAACGUCGAACUCGAACUCAAAGCUGAGAGGGAUAAUGCUGAAGUUAGGAUUGAACGGGUCGAGGACUACCAACGGGUCGUCGACGCCGAAUGGCAGAUCAUCUUCCGAAAACUAGAAAACAUCGUUGAAACAGGGGCUCAAGUAGUACUCUCACGACUCCCGAUCGGAGACCUAGCCACCCAAUACUUUGCCGAUCGAAACAUUUUCUGUGCGGGGCGGAUUCCGAUAGAUGAUCUGAAGAGGGUAGUCCAAGCGGUUGGAGGCUCGAUCCAAUCGACGACCACCGACAUCCAUGACUCCCAUCUGGGCUCAUGCGAGAGCUUCGAGGAACGCCAGAUCGGCGCCGAACGGUAUAACGUCUUCCAGGGCGGUAAACACUCGAAGACCUGCACGUUGGUCCUCAGAGGUGGGGCUGAACAGUUUAUCUCUGAAGUCGAGCGAAGUUUGCACGAUGCGAUCAUGGUCGUCAAGAGGGCCAUCAAAAACAAUCAAGUCGUCGCAGGAGGUGGUGCUUGUGAGAUGGAGGUCUCGAAAUAUCUACGAGAAGAGUCAAAAUUGAUCCAAGGGAAACAACAAUUAAUGCUAGCAUCAUAUGCCAAAUCACUUGAAUGUAUUCCCCGACAAUUAUGUGACAAUGCCGGCCUAGAUGCGACGGAUAUCUUGAACAAAUUACGGAUGUUACACGCUCAGGAUCAGAAAUGGAUCGGAGUGAAUCUCGAAGUCGAUCUCGAUCUGGGCGUUGCUGAUAAUUAUGAGAAGUUCGUUUGGGAACCUGCGCUGGUUAAGACUAAUGCCUUGGAAGGAGCGACUGAAGCCGCUUGUAUGAUUCUAAGUGUUGAUGCCACCGUUCGAAAUCCGCAAUCUGAAAAACAAAGUGCGGGGCCUCAGAUGCCCAGAGGAGCUGCAAGGGGAGCUCUGAGAGGUCGGGGCAGAGGUCGAUAGACAACACACCCCCGUCAAAGAAAAUGACAAAAAAUAAAACAAUGAAUCGAUUAUUAUUUUUUAAAAAAAACCCUUGUUGCUACUCUUUCUUUCUUUCUGUGCGCUAAAUAAUCAUAACGAUCAAAUACCUCAAACGUAUUCUCGCUAUUUAACCCCCCCCCCCUCUUUCUGUUUGUUUAACAAAAAAGGGGAAGAAAAAGAAAAGAACGACCUUUUGCUUUUUGUGUGUUUGUGUGUGUUUUAUUCAGACAUAUUUAGUAACAAACAAUGUGGAGUAAUAAUGGUGCAGAA